AUGGGCAGCUCAAACCAGAAAUUAGACUUGAACCAGGUACUAGAGCAGAGACGCAAGGAACUCGAGCAACUAAAGAAAGUCGAAAAGAUUACAGGCCGGCUUUCAGAUAAACUCGAAGAGUUCACGAACAGCAUAAAAAAGUUAGAAGACGGUUCUAAAUCCAUAACGGAAGUGACAUCUUUAUGGGGCCAAAUCAUAUCAUCCAUAGCGCUGGCAGCUGAUUCGACUGUAAAUCUAAAAAAAUCGGACUAUGAUACGGGGACGCCGCUCACAGAAAGACUAGUAAGAUGCAAAGUUGACAAAAAUGGACGAAUUACAGACAAAACUGAUGGCGAAUAA